AUGGCGGCUAACCGUAUUUCUUUCCAGCAGGCAGCGCGACCUGCACCCGGUCGCAGCCAGAGCAUAGCAAUGUACGGCCAGAACAAUGGCAGCCAGACAGGCGUCAGCACGCCCCGAUCGCAGGCUGUCUCACGACCACUCACCCUCACUCACGGCUCGCUAGAAUACAACUUCCUUAUUCCGACAGCGCUGCACUUCAAUGCAAAUCAGCUAAAGACUCAAUUUCUGGCAACAUUGCCGCAACCUACAGACGAGCUUGCUCAGGAUGACGAGCCAUCUUCGGUCCCGGAGCUUGUGGCUCGGUAUCUUGGCUUCAUUGCCAAGGAGGUAGACGAAGGCGAAGAUGUGGGCACGUACGAUGAGGUGUUGAAGCUCGUCACCCAAGAGUUCGAGAGAGCUUUCUUGCGUGGCAACGAGGUUCAUGCGCUCGCCGCCACUUUGCCCGGCAUUCCCGAGAAGAAGCUCAUUACCGUCAAGUCUUACUACGCAGCUCGUUCAGCGUCAAAUCGGCCGAUAAGAGCUCACGAGUCAGCGCUGUUCCGAGAAGUGUCUGACGAUGCUGCUGUCGUCUACUCCGUGUUCGGCGGACAGGGUAACAUCGAGGAGUACUUCGAUGAGCUGCGCGAAAUCCACGACACCUACCGAUCCCUCGUCGAUGACUUUGUUCAGACGGCCGCGGCGCUAUUGCAGAACCUUGCACGGGAUCCGCAGGCAGAGAAGAUGUAUGCGAAAGGUUUGGACGUCAUGCGGUGGUUGCACAAGCCUGACUCCCAGCCUGACAUCGACUACCUCGUAUCCGCACCCGUGAGCUUUCCCUUGAUUGGCCUUACGCAGCUUGCGCACUACGUUGUGAUGUGCAGAGUGCUGGGCACCCAUCCGGGUCACAUUCGUGAACGCUUCGCUGGCACAACUGGUCAUUCUCAGGGCGUGGUCACGGCUGCCGCAAUUGCCGCUUCCAGCAGCUGGGAGAGCUUUGACAAGGCCGCAAGAGGUGCCCUCACAACUUUGUUCUGGAUUGGUGCGCGCAGCCAACAGGCGUACCCUCGCACUUCGCUUGCGCCGAGCGUUCUGCAAGACUCCAUCGACAGCGGCGAAGGCACUCCGACUCCCAUGCUUUCAGUCCGCGACCUGCCCAGAGAGACACUCCAGAAGUACAUUGACGCUACCAAUGAGCACCUGCCCAAAGAAAGGCACAUUGGCAUCUCUUUGGUGAACAGCGCUCGGAACUUCGUCGUAACCGGCCCGCCCAUGUCUCUGUACGGUCUCAACCUCCAGCUUCGAAAAGUAAAAGCACCAACUGGACUCGACCAGACCCGCAUACCCUAUACCGACCGCAAAGUGCGUUUCGUAAGCCGCUUCCUGCCCAUCACUGCGCCUUUCCACAGCCCAUAUCUGGGCGAUGCGAUACAUCACCUCGAGACUGACCUCAAAGACGUCGUUAUCACGCCUCAUGAGCUUGGCAUCCCAGUGUACUGCACGUAUACCGGCAAUGACAUCCGUCAGGACAAGUCUGAUAACGUUGUGCCGGCACUCGUCCGCAUGAUCUGCAAAGAGCCGGUGAAUUGGGAGAAGGCGACCGUCAUGCCAAAUGCUACACACAUCCUCGACUUCGGACCAGGCGGGAUUUCUGGCCUCGGCGUCCUCACCAAUCGUAACAAGGAUGGUACCGGCGUCCGGGUGAUCUUGGCGGGUACCAUGGAUGGUACGAACACCGAGGUUGGCUACAAGCCCGAGAUCUUCGACCGUGAUGCGGAGCAUGCGGUGCAAUAUGCGGUGGAUUGGGUGAAAGAGUACGGUCCAAAGCUCGUCAAGGAUUCGGUUGGCCAGACAUAUGUGGACACCAAGAUGAGCAGACUACUAGGCUUACCUCCAGUCAUGGUUGCUGGCAUGACGCCGUGCACCGUACCUUGGGACUUUGUGGCUGCUACCAUGAACGCUGGCUAUGAGAUCGAACUUGCAGGAGGCGGGUACUACAACGACAAGAGCAUGACCGAGGCCAUCUCCAAGAUCGAGAAGGUCAUCCCUGCUGGUCGUGGCAUCACCAUCAACCUUAUCUACGUCAAUCCGAGAGCGAUGGCAUGGCAGAUUCCGCUCAUUGCCAGACUACGCGCCGAAGGUGUGCCCAUUGAGGGCCUCACCAUUGGUGCUGGUGUGCCAUCGAUUGAGGUGGCGAUUGAGUACAUCGAGACUCUUGGGAUCAAGCACAUGGGUUUCAAGCCAGGCUCAGUCGAAGCCAUCCAGGCUGUCAUCAACAUUGCCAAGGCUAAGCCUGACUUCCCGGUGAUGCUUCAGUGGACCGGAGGUCGUGGUGGUGGCCAUCACUCUUUCGAAGACUUCCAUCAGCCAAUGCUGUCCAUGUACAGCCGUCUGCGCCGAUGCCCAAACAUCGUACUCCUCGCAGGAUCCGGUUUUGGCGGCGCCGAAGACACUUACCCGUACCUUAACGGUGAGUGGGCACGCAAAUUCGGUUACCCACCAAUGCCGUUCGAUGGUGUGCUCUUUGGUAGUCGCUGCAUGGUCGCGAAAGAAGCACACACUUCGCGCGCUGCCAAGCAGGCCAUCGUCGACGCACCGGGUCUGGAGGAUAAUGAAUGGGAGAAGACCUACAAGGGUCCAGCUGGCGGCGUUAUCACCGUGCGCUCCGAGAUGGGUGAGCCUAUUCACAAGCUUGCCACUCGCGGCAUCAAAUUUUGGGCGGAGAUGGACCAGAAGAUCUUCAAUUUGGACAAAGCCAAGCGCGUCCCGGAGCUGAAGAAGAACCGCGAGUACAUUAUCCAGAAGCUCAAUGACGACUUCCAGAAGCCGUGGUUUGGUCGCAACAAGGCUGGCGAAUCCGUUGAUCUGGAGGAUAUGACCUAUGGCGAGGUCGUUCGGAGGAUGGUCGACUUGAUGUAUGUCAAGCACGAGAAGCGUUGGAUCGAUAAGAGUCUUGCACGUUUGACUGGCGACUUCAUUCGUCGUGUUGAAGAGCGCUUCACGGGCAGUGACGGGACAGGGUCCAUCAUCCAGAAUUAUAGCGAGCUGGACCAGCCGUACGAGACCGUUGAAAAGGUUCUCAAGGCGUACCCAGAGGCUGACGUUCAGCUCAUCAACGCGCAGGAUUGCCAGCACUUCUUAAUGCUGUGCCAGCGCCGAGGUCAGAAGCCCACACCUUUCGUUCCCUGCUUGGACGAUACCUUCGAGUUCUUCUUCAAGAAGGAUUCACUCUGGCAGUCUGAAGAUCUGGAAGCCGUAGUGGAUCAGGAUGUUGGCCGUGUGGCGAUCUUGCAAGGGCCAAUGGCUGCGAAAUACUCCACCAAGGUUGACGAGCCGAUCAAGGAGAUUCUGGACAGCGUGCACAAUGGUCAUAUUGAGUUCUUGACGAAGGACUUGUAUGCCGGGCAGCAGAACAAGAUCCCAGUUGUCGAAUACUUCGGCGGCAAGCUCAUCGAAGCCAGCGACGAGGUCAAUCUGGAUGGCGUGACUGCGUCCGAGAUGGAGACUAAGACACUAUACCGUAUUGCAGGCUUGACAAAUACUCCUCUGCCAGCCUUGGACAACUGGAUGCAGCUGCUCGGCGGCAAAGGCCAUACGUGGAGGCAUGCUUUCUUCACUGCGGACGUGUUCGUGCAAGGCCAGCGAUACGACACAAACCCGAUGCAACGAAUCUUCGCGCCGUCGCCAGGUCUGGUGGUGGAGAUACAUUAUCCGAAUGACCCUAAGCGCACCGUUGUUCUUGUCAAGGAAACGCUACAAGGCAAGUAUGUGCAGACUGUCGAGAUCGGCCCGAUAUCAGGCAAUGAGAUCCCGCUGAAGAUGAUUGAACACCGCACUGUCACGGGCAAGCCUAUUGCGCUUCCGCUGAAGUUCACUUACCACCCUGAGACCGGCUAUGCUCCGAUCAGAGAGGUUAUGGACGCCCGCAACGACCGUAUCAAGCAGUUCUACUACCGAAUUUGGUUCGGCGACGAAGCUGUCCCCUUCGACACCCCGGUUACUAGCCGAUUCGACGGUGGCAGGGCUACUGUUACCAGUGAAGCUAUCAACGAUUUCGUGCAUGCGGUCGGCAACACCGGCGAGGCAUUCGUCGACCGACCGGGCAAGGAGGUCUUCGCGCCUAUGGAUUUCGCCAUUGUUGUGGGCUGGAAGGCUAUUACGAAGCCCAUCUUCCCACGCAAGAUUGAUGGUGAUCUGCUGAAGCUCGUUCACUUGUCCAACGGCUUCCGUAUGAUCCCGGGUGCCUCUCCGUUGAAAAAGGGGGACGUCCUUGACACUACCGCCGAGGUCAAUGCCGUGAUCAACCAGGACUCUGGCAAGAUGGUGGAAGUCUGCGGUACGAUCACUCGUGACGGCGAGCCAGUCAUGGAGGUUACCAGCCAAUUCCUUUAUCGUGGCGCCUACACCGACUUCGAGAACACCUUCCAACGCAAGGUCGAGACCCCAAUCCAGGUACAUCUCUCCAGCACGAAGGAUGUCGCAGUGCUGCAAUCCAAGGAGUGGUUCCAGAUGGACUCUGAAUAUGACCUGCUUGGCCAAACGCUAGUCUUCAAGCUGCAGACUUUGACGCGCUUCAAGAACAAGACCGUGUUCUCUUCCGUGCAGACACUCGGUAAGGUCGAGCUGGAGUUGCCCUCAAAGGAGAUCAUCCAGGUCGCCUCCGUCGAGUACGAGGCCGGAACGUCAUACGGUAACCCAGUCCUAGAUUACCUGCAACGCAACGGUCAAGCCCUGGACCAGCCAGUCAACUUCGAGAACCCGAUUCCUCUCAACGGCAAGACCCCGCUCAUCCUAAAAGCGCCAUCUACGAACGAGACGUACGCCCGCGUUUCUGGCGACUACAACCCCAUCCACGUGUCUCGUGUUUUCUCCAAGUACGCCAACUUGCCUGGCACCAUUACGCACGGCAUGUACUCCAGCGCUGCCGUGCGCAGCCUCGUCGAGACCUGGGCAGCCGAGAACAAUGUUGGCCGUGUACGCAGCUUCCACGCUUCGCUCGUAGGUAUGGUACUGCCCGAUGACACGAUCGAGGUCAGGUUGCAGCACGUCGGUAUGGUUGCAGGCCGCAAGAUUGUCAAGGUCGAAGCCAGCAAAGCGGAGACUGAAGAGAAGGUGCUGCUUGGGGAGGCUGAGGUUGAGCAGCCGGUCUCGUCGUAUGUCUUCACCGGUCAAGGCUCGCAAGAGCAAGGUAUGGGUAUGGAUCUUUACAACAGCAGCGCGGUGGCGAAGGAGGUUUGGGAUCGCGCUGACAAGCACUUCCUUGACAAUUAUGGCUUCGCCAUCACCAACAUCGUCAAGAACAACCCUAAGGAACUUACAAUACACUUCGGUGGCGCUCGCGGCAAGGCUAUCCGUCAGAACUACAUGUCCAUGACCUUCGAGACUGUUGCUACAGAUGGCACUGUCAAGUCGGAGAAGAUUUUCAAGGAGAUCGACGACACCACAAGCUCCUACACCUACCGGUCACCGACAGGACUGCUCUCAGCGACGCAAUUCACCCAACCCGCCUUGACGCUCAUGGAGAAGGCUUCUUUCGAAGACAUGCGCGCCAGAGGCCUUGUACAGAGCGACAGCAGCUUUGCUGGCCACUCGCUUGGCGAAUACAGUGCCCUCGCCGCCCUCGCUGAGGUCAUGCCCAUCGAGAGCUUGGUCUCCGUCGUGUUCUAUCGGGGUCUGACGAUGCAGGUCGCUGUCGAGCGUGACGAGCAGGGCCGGUCUAAUUACUCCAUGGCCGCUGUCAACCCGUCCCGUAUCAGCAAGACCUUCAAUGAGCAAGCUCUGCAGUAUGUCGUAGAGAACAUCUCCGAAACGACUGGCUGGCUGUUGGAGAUUGUCAACUUGAACGUGGCAAAUAUGCAGUAUGUCUGCGCUGGCGACCUCAGGGCUCUAGACACCCUGACGAACGUCCUGAACUACCUCAAGGCGCAGAAGAUUGAUAUCCAACAGCUCAUGCACACCAUGAGUCUUGAGGAUGUCAAAAGCCAUCUGGUGGACAUCAUCAAAGAGUGCGCCAAGCAGACCGAGGCCAAGCCGAAGCCCAUCGAGCUUCAGCGCGGCUUCGCCACCAUCCCACUCAAGGGCAUCGAUGUGCCCUUCCACAGCACCUUCCUACGGUCCGGCGUCAAACCCUUCCGGUCUUUCUUGCUCAAGAAGAUCAACAAGACGAGCAUUGACCCGGGUAAACUGGUGGGCAAGUACAUCCCGAACGUCACUGCGCGACCGUUUGAGAUUACGAAGGAGUAUUUCGAGGAUGUGUAUCGCCUGACGAAUUCGCCGCGGAUUGGUAAUAUCUUGGCGAAUUGGGAGAAGUAUGAGAAUGAAGAGGAGCCGCGGCCGAGGAUCGGGAGUGUGGCGGUGCCGACUUCGUGA